UGCUCAACAGGAACUCUGACGUAAACAAUCACAAAUAAAAAGCCUGCCCACUGGAGGCUCUGCAUCAAACACAGAGCACCACUUUGAUGAGGUUAUUUUUAAGUCUGGGAGAAGAAGAAGCAGUAUGAUGAUGUGGACACUUGGUCUUCAGCUGGUUGUGGUUGGUGUUUUCCUACAGAUGCCAGGUUGCUUCCCAUCAUGCCUCAUUAAAGGCUCGGUUGCCCUCUGUGGGUUUAAAAACCUCCACUCGGUUCCUCCUCUUCCACCUCACAUCACCCACUUGUUCCUGGAGAACAAUCGGAUCGGUGAAAUCAACGCCACCUCAAUGUCCGGCUUGGAGAACCUGCAGGAACUGGACCUUGGGAACCAGAAAGUGCCGCUUGUCAUCCGGAGCAAUGCCUUCCUCAAGCAGAGUCGCCUUCGGAGGCUGGUGCUCGGGUUAAACCCUCGUCUUCAACUGGAACCGCUGGCCUUUGCUGGUUUGUCCAAUCUCCAGAAGCUCCAGUUGGAUUACUGUUCGCUAAACGAUUCCAUUCUGACAGGAAAUUAUCUAGCACCACUGUCAUCUUUGCAGACUCUAAAUCUCUACGGGAACCAUAUUAAGAGACUAAGUGUCUACCUGAGGAACAUGUUGAAUAAGAGUUUCGACUGGCAGAAAUGUGGGAAUCCGUUCAGUGGAGUAUCUUUCCAGACUCUCGAUUUGUCCUACAGUGGACUCAGCGUGGAUAAAUUAAGUCUAUUUUUCAGAGCCAUUAGUGGAACAAACAUAUCCCAACUUAAAGUCUCUGGACACAUAGGAAAAGGAUUCUCUUUCGAUAAUCUCCCAGAUCCAGACCUUGACUUUUUUGAAGGCUUGAAAAACAGCUCAGUCCGCUUUCUGGAUUUGUCCAAGAACAGAAUAUUUUCAUUGCGUCAGAGAGUUUUCACUCCACUCACAGAAGUCAAUAGUAUUGAUCUUUCUCAAAACAAAGUGAAUCAGAUACACAGAAUGGCCUUUGAAGGCCUUCAGGGUAAUUUAAAAAUGCUCAACUUGUCACACAAUCUGCUUGGGGAAAUCUUUUCUCACACCUUUGCCUCUCUGACUAAUCUGGAAAUUUUAGAUUUAUCUCACAAUCACAUCGGCGUUUUGGGUUACGGCUCAUUUAGCGAACUUCCAAACCUGAGAUUCCUAAAUUUAACAGAUAAUUCCUUGCAGGAAUUAGGUUUUACUGCAGCUUUACCAAAUUUAGAAAACCUUAAUCUGAACAGCAAUAAGCUGACAUCCUCAUCGGUGAACACCAUCACUCGGUUUGCCCAUAACGUUUCCUCUCUAAGCAUUCAGAACAACAGAAUAACGCAGAUUUAUUCAUUUCUGGAUCAGAUGAAAUGCCUCAAACUGCUUCUUUAUGGGGGCAACACAAUUAAGUGGUGCAUCCUCAGCAGGCGCGUCGCUCCAUUUAACGUUAAAGUUCUGGAUCUGCACAGCAGCUCUUUGCAGUCUAUCUGGAGUCAGGGCAAAUGCCUAGAUCUGUUCGACAAAUUUCAAAAUGUGACCAGUCUCAACUUGAGCUCCAACGGUCUGCGAUCUCUUCCUCAAGGCAUCUUUAAGGGCCUUGCCUCAGUUGUAACGAUGGACCUCUCAUCCAACACCCUCACAUAUCUCCAAUCUGAUGUUCUACCUAAAAGUCUGAAAUCCCUCUAUCUCUCCGACAACUUUAUUGCCUCCCCAGAUCCAAUCGCUUUCAGCUCCCUCAGCUUCCUAGACCUGUCCAAGAACAGAUUUUACUGCAAUAAUGAUCUGCAGAGCUUCUUGAUGUGGAUGAAACAGACAAACAUAACGUUUUUGAGCCCAAUAGAGGAGUUCAGGUGUGAAUUUCCGGCUGGUUUCUAUAACAUACCGCUGUUAGAUUACAAUGGUCAGCUGGCAUUGAGAGCUACCAAAAAGAUAAUGAAUGAAUUAAUCCAAAAUCGACAUAUUUAACGAUUAUUUCAUUUUCUUAAAAAUUAGUUUUCUCUUUUAUGAAGAGGGACGACUGUUUUUCCAUAACAUAAAGGG